AUGGCAGAGGCAUUUGGUAUCGCGUCUGCCGUUUUUGGCCUGGUCCCUGUUUGCUACCAGGCCUUUGAACUCGUCGAGGCUGCUUGCACGGCCAACGAGGGAGCCGAAAAGCAAGUCCAGCGCAUUCGGAUGCAAAGAGGGCUAUUCACGGGUUGGGCAGAGUGCUGGGAUCUCAAAAAAAGCCAAGACAAACUCCAGUCGCAUUUUCGCAACUCAGACAACGGGCCUCUCGUCGUCAAGGUGAUUCUGAAUAUGUCGCAGUUGUUUGCCAGUUCAGACAACCUAAGUGCCAAAUACGGGUUAAAGGUGAAGUUGAAAGACCGAAGCGAAUUCGCUCUCGCGACGAUCAAAGUGCAAGACGUCCUCGGGGGGAAAGCGGCUUACGAGGUCGGGCCCCAGGUGAAGAAACUGGGUGCCCAUAUGAGCUGGCUGAGAAGGGCAAAGUUCGCAAUCAGGGAAAAGAAAAAGUUCGACGAGUUGAUUUCUGAUCUCGAUGAGCACAACUCGACCCUCCGUGGUAUAUGCUCUGAAAUCGUGGCAUGGAGAAUCCAUCUUGCCAUGACCUGCGAGGUUCUGCAACAAAACCAUCCCGGAAAUCUAAACCAUCUGGCCGAAACCGCAAGGGACAUAUCUUCCGAAAGCCCCAAAGGUAGCGUUCGUCAGAAGCGUUUUGAUCUCAUCGCAACAACCGCAGAAUUCAAGAAGAGGCUGCAGAACCUCGACCAAGUGCGACCAACAACAUCACUUUCGAAAGAGCACUUCAGAUAUGGAGAGCCAAGAUGGUAUUUCAACGAGUCGAGCGCCACCUUCGCAAUAGACACCCGAUCUAACACAUGCUGUUACAUCGAAUGGAAGACAUAUGGUGAAGAUGCCGAUGCGGGCGUUCCUACCGAGCGGGACGUCCAGGAGCUUGCCAAAAUCUUUCUCAUCAAGGAUCCCCCGCGCUCCUUCAAGACUCUACCCUGUCUUGGAGCCUUCAAAGACGCUCGGAACUCGCGUUACGGGUUCGUGUAUAAACCGCCAGCCUAUAUCGAGAAGAUUCCGAACAAGCAACCGGACACCAGAAUCACCGUCUCGCAGGCGCGAAAGCCAGCGACACUUUUGGAAGUGCUCGACCAGGCGAACGAUGGCCGAUCGUGGGUGCUUGAACUCGGAGCGCGGUUUGCCAUUGCGAAAACCCUUGUUCAGAGCCUGUUUGUCCUGCAUCUGACCGGUUGGGUUCACAAAAAUGUGCGGUCCGGGUCAGUCUUAUUCCUGCCGGCCGAAUCGAGGACCGGAGGCCAGCCUUCCCAGAGUCUGGCAAAAGACUUCAAACAUCCCUACCUGAGCGGCUUUACUUAUUCCAGAGCUAUGGCGAGUACUGAUACAGACUACACGGCACGUUCCCGAACGGUUCAACGACGGAGCAUCAAACUGGAUAACUAUCACCAUCCGGAAAAGCGAAUGCAUCCGAGCAAGUUAUACAGGCCGGCUUUCGACAUCUACUCUCUCGGAUGCGUUCUCUUAGAGCUUGGCUUUUGGCAGCCCCUCCAAAGCUUUGAUCCACGGGAUGAGGACAGUCCCAUCACCUUCCGCGACCGUCUGAUCCGGCUGGCAGAAGAAGAACUUCCAGGCCAGGCCGGUCGCAUCUACACGCGUGCGGUUCGGGCCUGCCUGAGCGUCCCAGCGAAUUUGCCAGACGAGGAAGCGACGUCUCGUCUGUGCUGGAAAGUCGCUGCUGCAUUAGAUGAGUGUGUAGCUUGA